AUGUCUCAAGUUGUAUGGAAAUUGUUCCACUGGCAGGGUAACGACCAGUGUUCCCAGUGCACCCAUGCCCAGGAUGGCCCUCAUUGCGUGCCGCGCUGCCCCCAUGGUGUCCCAGGGGACGGAGACACGCUGGUGUGGAAAUAUGCCGAUGACACAAGCCAGUGUCAGGCCUGUCACCAGAACUGCACUGAGGGGUGUUCAGGUCCGGGUCUGUCAGGAUGUACAGGUGCUGCUGGUCACUCCAUGUUGGCGGUGGGCGUGGUCAGCGGACUCUUGGUAGCUGUCAUUGUUCCAUUGGUCAUCUUUGUGUUGCUACGGCGACAACGAAUCAGGAGGAAGAGGACUCUUCGGCGCCUCCUGCAGGAGAGAGAGCUGGUGGAGCCGUUGACUCCGAGCGGUGAAGCUCCGAAUCAGGCACUGCUGAGAAUCCUGAAGGAGACAGAGUUUAAAAAGGUUCGGGUCCUCGGCUCCGGGGCUUUUGGCACUGUCUUCAAGGGUCUGUGGAUUCCUGAGGGAGAGAACGUGAAGAUCCCAGUCGCCAUCAAAGUUCUGAGAGAAGCAACAUCACCUAAAGCCAACCAAGAAAUCCUGGACGAGGCAUAUGUCAUGGCGAGUGUGGAUCACCCUCAUGUGUGUCGUUUGCUGGGAAUCUGUCUGACUUCGUCGGUCCAGCUGGUGACGCAGCUGAUGCCAUACGGCUGCUUGCUGGACUACGUCCGACACCACAGGGGCCACGUCAGCGCCAAGUGGCUCCUGAACUGGUGCGUCCAGAUCGCCAAGGGGAUGAGCUACCUGGAGGAUCGUCACCUGGUGCAUCGAGACCUGGCGGCGAGGAACGUCCUGGUGAAAACUCCUAACCACGUCAAAAUCACUGACUUCGGCCUGGCCAAGUUACUAACGGCUGAUGAGAAGGAGUACCACGCUGACGGAGGAAAGGUUCCCAUUAAGUGGAUGGCAUUGGAGUCGAUCGUCCAGUGGACGUACACACACCAGAGUGACGUGUGGAGCUACGGUGUGACUGUGUGGGAGCUGAUGACCUUUGGCUCCAAACCGUACGAUGGAAUCCCGGCGAGCGAGAUCGCCUCAGUGCUGGAGGGAGGAGAUCGGCUGCCUCAGCCUCCCAUCUGCACCAUUGACAUCUACAUGAUCAUGGUCAAAUGUUGGAUGAUCGAGCCGUCGUGUCGUCCCAGGUUCAGAGAACUGACGGUGGAGUUUUCUAAAAUGGCCAGCGAUCCGUCCAGAUACCUGGUGAUACAGGGCGACCUGCCCAGUCCUUCAGACAGCAGGUUUUACUCUCGUCUGUUGAGCUCUGACGACACUGACGACGUGGUGGAUGCUGACGAAUACUUGCUGCCUUAUAAAGGACUGGGUAACCAUGAUAACCAGCACUGCAACGCCAUGAACGGUCGACCAAUCAGAGAGAACAGCACCGCUUUUCGUUACAUCACUGAUCCGACGCUCAACUCGCUGGAUAAAGAGGACUUCACUGUUCACGAGUACAUGAAUCAGAGCGUGAGUGGAACCGGCUGCAGCCGAUUGUCUGAGGCAGUAAAUCCAAACUAUGAGGAUCUGAGUUUGGGCUGGGGCGCCUCCUCACUUCCUGUUCUGCAGGAGGAUAAUAAGAUCUGCAGCCGAGUUCCAGAGGGACCAGAAUACCUGAACACCACCCAAAACACGCUCCCCCUGGCUGCUUGGAACAGCCUUGACAACCCAGACUACCAGGCCAACUUCCUGCCGCAGGAUGACCCCUCUUCUUUCACCGCUGAUGGUGCGUUCCUCCCGGCCGCCGAGAACCUAGAGUACCUGGGUCUGGGAGCUGCACUGCACGCUCCGGUCCGCUAGAGGCCAGGCACCCGCAGACUGAAGCUAACUGGAAGUUGCAGCUACACUGGAACUCAACCUCUGCACACUGCGUGUUGCUCAAUGGCACACUAACAGAGAGCACCAUGAAAGCCAAACAACAUCAGCUGCUGCUGUCAGGAUUCCCACAGAUACUCGUCCAUCUGUCUAAUGUGUUUUCUAAUGUUGACUAAUGUUUUCUGUCUGCGUCUCAGUAGAAAAUCCAUAGUUUAGUGACAUGAUGGAUGAAGAGACACAAACACACAAAAUGUCUAAGAUUUGUCCACUCCCUGUCUCUGUAUCCUGCACUUGUCGAUAUUUGCUUCUUUGUUUAUACUAAAAACCUGAUGGAAAUUAAAUUAAGUAAGAAACUGUUCAGGUUUGAAAAUCUGCAGGAAGUAAUUAUUGUGUAAUUAUAAAAAAUAUUAUUGAAAAAGUGAUGAAAAGAAUUAAAGUUUGACAGAAAAUG